CUCCCCAGGCUCUGAUCCUCUGUCUCAGUCACUCAUUUCAAAGUUUGCAGGCUGGGGAGGUAGCUAAGCUUCACUGUCAGGAUGCACAGAGCCUAUCAGCCAAUAUUACCAUGUGGUAAUAAAUACUUGCAGCAGAAAUGGGACAAAACCUACUAUGAUGAGCAUAAGAGAAAGGUACAGUCAGCUAAACCGAUGGUGGAUACAAACAGUCCUCAAACAUAUGUCCAUCUCAAUCUCAAACUCAAGAAAUUGAAGCUUGAAGAAGAGCGUCUAUCGGUUAUUGAAAGGGAUAACCAUCUGUUGCUAGAGAAAAUGUCAACUAUUAUGAGAACCAAAGGAAGGAUUGACAACAAAAAUAAUUAUGAAGGAAAAAGUUUAAACAAGGAAAAAAGAGAGCAAGAAUUGCUGAAAGUUUCCAGAGAAAAUCAGACCAUUGGGGACAGACUUACAAGGUGUGAGCCUCAGUACCGGGCUGAAAAGUGGCAUGAGGACUGGGUAAAAGCAGAGAAAUACAUGGACAGCAUCGCAAAAUACCCAAGGGGAUGGUAUGCCGCCCGUCACCAGAAGGUUUUAAAAGGAAAAAAGAAAACUGCCAGGAGAGAGUCUGAGGUGGAUAUCAAAGCUGAAGUGGAGGAAGACGAUAAUAAUGAGGAAAAAGAAUUAGUGGAUGAAAAAUAUAGCAAAAAAGAUUUAAAUAAGGAGAAAGCUGUAAAUACCACAGAAAAUAAAGUUCAUGAAACAGAAAACACAACAGAAGAAAAAACUAAAGAUACAAAUAAGGAGACAGCAGACACCAUAAAAGAGGAAACCCAAGAGAACAACAUGGUGGAACAGGAGUCACAUAGGGAAGAGGAGAACGCAGAGGAUAGCAAAACACUGGUGGAUGAAAAUGAAGAUCAUUAUUAUGAUACGGGGAAAGACGACAAGUCAGACAAGUCAGAAGAGUCAGAGAGUGACCAAGAGACAGAUGAUGAGCAUAAUUCAAUCCAUAAAUCAGAAUAGAUUAUUAUUAUUAUUAUCAUCAUCAUCAUCAGCAUUGCCCGAAUGAUGGCCUGCACAGAUUUGAAAUAGUUACAUGAUUAAGAUAUGGCCAGUCACUGUAGCAUAUAAAGAAAAGGUUGGGUAGUAAUGUUUAGGAAUUCUCAUUAUACUGAAUCAGCAAUAUAAAGGCCCAUACACACUGGGCGAUUUUGAUCUGAAAGCAGCUCACUUUUGAUGUGUUGAGCUGCUUUCAGCUCAAAGCCGCCCAGUGUGUAUGCCCCGGUGAUGAGCGCUGAUGCGCACUCCCGCUUCAUUGCUGGCGGCCGCCGUUCAUCUGCUGGUAUUACCAGUAGAUGAACAGCGGGGUGGCGGCUUUCCAUAGCGUCCUGCUAUGGAAAGCCUCUCACUCCCACUGACAUCGUUGGGCAGGGGGGAAAAGCCCCACAUGUCAGGUCCUGCCCCCCUGCACAGGUGCAGACUGAAUUAACCCCAAUAUUCAUGAGAAUUUUCAUUAACGGAUACUGUGCACCUAUCUACCUGAUCCAGUGGUAUGGUGCCUGUGGUGCUGACACUUAGGGGUGAAUGUAAUAGGGAGCGAGAAUCAGAAAGUGAGAGAUUUUUGGAGAGCUCUCCUGUUUAUUUUAAAAGCGGCAAUCAUUUACAUGGCAAAACCAGGUUGAUUUUGCCAUAUAAAUGAUUGCCACUUUAAAUAAUCAGAACUCUCAAAAUCUCUCACUUUCUGGUUCUCUCAUCCUAUUACAUUCCCCCUUAGUCUUGGCCUCAGCAUGUUCCCUAACAGGUGGGUGCCUUCUGAAGAUGCAGCACUAAAAUCAAACCCAAUCUGCCUAUAUAAAGCUCACUCUGAUCAAUGAACAGUGCCGGAGUAUCAGUUCUCAUACCUUGUACCAUUGUUACUCUUCCAUGCUAUAUUGAUUACAGUGUACCAAACCCAGCCUCAGUUGUGAGCCUGUACUUAUGCUCCAGAACUUGACUUGUUUUCCUGUCCUGCAUUUGUACCUGUGUCACAGACCUCUGCUACUAUGCUUAUUCUAAAUUUGACCCUGUGACCCUGACUGCCUCUCUGCAUUGACCAUCCUUCUGAAUUGGUUCUGUAAUUUGUUCACCCUGCCAGUGCAAACCCUGUUCUGACAUUAAAAUCCAUUACCCCAGUCCUUCACUGUGACAAGAAUUCUGGCAAUCAUUUCACUAGGAUUUAGUGUCUAAUUUAUGCCACAAGUUCUUAUGAAUUGAUAUAUCACAUUUAUUUACAGGUAGCAGCAUAUAUAAAUUAAAUAAAUAUAUGUAAAUUUUUAAACUUAA